AUGAGCGUGUCUCCUGUCCCAAGACGGACAUAUGGUCGUACUCGCAACACCGCCGUCGACGCGGCUGAUUCGUCCAGCGAAACGCCUACCUCCCUUGUUUAUGUCCCCACCGACAUGGGCCCAAGCGCGUCCCCCAGCAAGACACUCCUCAACAAGUUUACUGCUCGCCGGACAGAGUGGCUUGAUGGACUCAAGGAGCCGCAGACGUCCGAGUGGGACGAUCCAGAAGAUAUCGAGCUCACUGACGCCGAGGUCAAGGCGACCAUGGAGCGACUCAGGAAGGACAAGGCAGGCGACAACAACCACACACCCAGAGCUCUUGUCGCUGCCGUGAGCUCGUCCUCGCUCUCCGCCAUUCCCCCGUCUUCCCCUCCAAAGGUUUCUUCGGCCCUGAGACGUCAGUUGGCCAACCAAGGUCCCAGAGCCCUCGCCGCGACGGGUAGCUCAUCAUCGCUGUCAGAAAUUCCUCCCUCCUCGCCACCAAAAGUAUCGGCAACAACACCCAGAGGCCACACAACCCGUGGGCCAUCGCCCUCACUGUCAUCAGCUGUUUCUUCUUCCUUGAACUUGUCAUCUACCGACAAGUCAAUCGACGAUGAGCCCAUGCCGUCCGCGCGGAGACCAAAGCGAAUUGUCGAGUCUGACGACGACGGCACGGACACUGAUCGUUCAACAACGCCCAAGGCCGCAACAACAAAGUCGCGUGUGGUCCUUGGAAACGAUGAGCACGACGAAUACGAAGUGGACCAGACAAUUGUCAAUCCCUUUGAUGACGAGGAUGACGGUGACGACAUGUCUCCUGUGAAGAACAAGCCCAAUGCGCACAUUAAACCCUUGAACAAAGUGGACCGUGAAAUGUUGCAAAGGGACAUUGAAAGGGCAGCACGAGACCAAUUCGUGGAAGCGUCCCGCCCAGAGGCCAAGGUUCGUCCUGUGUCAGCCUGGAUGACCAGAGCUCAGAACAUUGCCAACAACGCGUCACAACCUGUCCGGCCCUCGCCACCUGUGUACCCUUCGGACGACAUACAACAGUUCACUCCUAGCUCAGGCCCAAACAACCGGCGCGAGCGUCUCCCUGCCAAGGUGGCUGCGACGUCAUCUCCCACUCCGGGGCCUUCCAAGGUCGCAUUCAACUUGAAGGACUUCGAUGACGAUGACGAGGAAGAUGACACUCUUCACGGAAGCCUCAACCGUAGGAUUGAGGCGCGUGGCAAACAGGACCGCUUGAAGGAAGCGAAACUCAGGGCUUUGGCGGCGAUGAACACCAAGACCACUGCGUUCCCAGUCGAGGACGACGACCUCAUCAUCAUUCCCGAACCCAAGCCAGAGGAACAACCGAGGCUCGCAUUCUCCAACCACAAGGGUCCCGAUGCCCGUGGAAAACAUGCAGCCAAGAAAACAACGACCGAGACGCACAUGGUGUUUGCUGGCCGCCAAUUUGGCCACGCCGAUCUCAAACAGGCAAAUGGUGGAGCACGACCUGCCGGCCAAAAGAAAGGCCGCGACCAAACGGUCACCUCCCAGCAGGUCGAAGCCCAAAUACUUGCCCGACACCAAGAACAAGUGCGGAGCAUUGUAGAGAAGAAGGAAGCCCUGUAUGGCAAGGGAAGACAGCUGCCCCCCAAAGAAGUCCUCGACUUGUCCAAGGUACUGGCUCAGCGUUCUGCCUCCCCGGACGUUGUGGCGGACAGCGACGAUGACGAUGACGACUAUGCGCCUGAAGAUGCGGACGACGAGGCAGACGAAAAUGAGCGGGGCAUGAUGGACAUCUCGCAAACCGAGUCGUCGCACGUCGACGCAAUCUCAGACGAGAUGGAAGGCGACGAUGACGACAAGGAGAACAACCCUGGAGCAUCCAUUGCCCCAGAGGAAGAGGAUGAAACGCCAUUGCGUUUGCCCAAUAUACGCUCAACACGUCGCCGGGUCAACUUCGCCUCAGACGACGAGGACGAGACCCCCGUCAAGCACGAUACGGCCCUACGAGACGCCGUUGAGGGUCGAAUCAACGCCGGCCCGGCUGCCGGUAGUGCCCAAGCUGCAUCUCCCGGCUUUGACAUUGCGUUUGGAUCUGGAUCAUUUGGUGGUUCCGGCGGUUUCUCGCAGCUGUUUAACGAGACCCAGGCCCCCGUUGGCGCCGGGGGGGACGGGUUUGCCGCUCUGCGAGACAUUCCCGAGGCUGGCUUCCUUCCUGCACAUGCCCUUCUGCCCAGCGUAAACAUCUCCGAAACCCAGAAGAGACGCGAUAAUGCUCUCAUUGCGGGCGAAACGGAGAAUGCCGAACCUCAUUUACCUCAAUCUACCAAGAAACAGCAGUACCUCAACUCCCAAGGCUUCUUCACCCAAACCCGUCCUGGAGGCCGCAACUUGACUCAGCCGGACGAGCAUCUCGAGGUGGAGAUGGACGACUAUACCCAAGUCCCAACAGCCAUCAUCGAGGCUUCGUCGACACUCAUCAACUCGUCAACCAAGGGCACUGUAUCCAGUCCGACCCAGGGGAGCACCGAGACGUUCGUUCGACUUCGCCGUCGUACGUCGCCCGUGGAAGGUGAAACACAGGUCCAUUCCCCCAGUCCUCCGCCUGCUCCUCGCCCCCGCAACGCCUUUGAUGCUCUACGCGCCGGAGCUCGGCAGGCCGGUGCCCACGGUGCCCAUGGCCCUAAUGAUAUCGAUAAGCGCAAACGGCCAGGAUUCCUCGAUGAGCAGGCCGAGGAGAGCGACGAGGACAAUGCCUGGGGCUUUACCGGGGGCAAGGAUGACGACGAGAAUGACGAUGACCUCGACAACGGCUACGUCCCCGACCUGCUAGAUGACGCCAACGUGACCGAGGAAGAGCGGACUCGACUGACUGAGCUCAACGCCGAGAGGUUCCGGCAGGUCGAACAAGAGGAUGAUGCGCGGCGCGAGGCAGAGGCCAAGAAAGUCACGGAAGGUCACUACCGUACAAAGCGGCGCGGCAACGAUUUCUUGUCCGACGAGGAGGAUGAGGGCAACAGAAAGAUUCGCCUGAACAAGAAGCAACGACGUCAACGCAAGCUUGACGGCGAGGAUGGGCUCCAGAAACUCGAAGGCGAAGAGAACGUCUUCGCGGCUGUGUACAAUGAGGACCUCACGUCCGACAGCGAGUUGGACGAAGCGCCACCUUCACCCACUACAUUCAUGUCGCCCGAACAUGGUGGACUCUCCCUGCGAGAACGGAGGGACAUGCUUAGCAUACGUGCUCGUCAGAAUACCACGGGUGUGGCUCGUCGUGAACUCUUCCCGGAAGAUCUAGACGAGGAAGACUCGCAGUACGCCAUCUCGAACAAGCCACACGUAACAACCACAACCGAAGCUGGUGAGGCGAACGAGCUUGAACUCAACCCCUCCUCAGUCCGCCGCAAUCCCACCGCGACCCGCUCUACGGACCGCUACGCCAAGUUUGUCAGCGAAGAGACACUCAACCCGCGUCGCAACGGUGCUGCCGGAGGUGUGUCUGUCGUUGUCGCCAAGACCACAACGGUUCAGCAAUCUCGCCAGAGCAAGGGCGGCCACUCCAAAGAAUCGACGAGGACAGUCACCCGACAGGCCUCGAGCAUUCACUUUGAUAGGGCGGAUCGGUUCCGUUAG